GCCGGUCACAACUGAACAGCUGAUAUUUUUCCUUUUGCUUUCGUAUUAUUGGACAAAACUUUAUAUUUUUUUUUCUUAAGUGAAUGAAAUUUUUAUUAAUAUGUUUAUACGGCCAAUACAACGUCUUCGUAUAUUCCAAAGACUUCCUUGGCUAACACAGGGAAUGUUGGUUUCGAAUGGAGCUUUCACCCAAAGUUAUGCAACUUCGGCGGCAUGCAUUAAAUCCUUGCAGUCAUGUCACCAGUACUCAACACAACGUUCCACAAAGGAGAAAGUUAGCCUUAGUGCUGAGGUUGAAAAUCAAUCCAAACCAAAACAUUCGUGGGAGACUGUAAUGGGCAGAUUAGACUCAUUCUAUCAAUGGAAUGGCUUUAUAGGCAUUGAACAGCUGCAGCCAGUUCUAGAAUUAAUGAAAGCAAAUACCAGUGGGCAACAACCAAUUACUUCAGAGCAAGGAUUGUUUAUGUUGAACGUUUGUGGCCUAGAAAUGCCUUCACUUACCGCAGAAGAGAGAAUAACACAUUUCCAGACAGUUUGGCAAUAUUUACAAAAUGCUGGCAUGAUAACCAAAGAUCAUUAUCACAUCAUGCUUAAUGUCCUAAGGUAUAACCGCCAUCCUCUCAAUGAGUACAAGACUUUUGUGCAGGAAUAUGAGAAACUACGGGGAUCCUCAAAGGAUAUAUAUUCCGAACUUCUAGCCGUUGCUGGAGCCACCGGAAAUGUUAAACAAAGCACAGAAAUCUUAGCGGAAAUGCGUAAUUUGCAAUUGGCUUUAUCUGAACGCGAUUUUAAUUCUCUUCUACGGGCAUAUGCUCGCGACAAUGACAUGAGAGGUUUUCAAACUGUGCUGGAUAGCAUGCAUGCAACUGGUCUCCCACUAAGUUUAAAUACUCAGUCCACUUUGUUUGAGGUCUACAUGGAGAAAGGUGAUAAAACAAAGGCAUUAAACCUUUUACAAGAUCAUAAAGGACAAUUCGAAACACACCACGUAGUUAAUAUGCUUCGCAGUGUAAACGAUUCAACGGUUGCCUCCCCAGAUGUUGUAGUUGAUUUGGUCAAAGAGUUAAAGUCGGAUUAUGUUCUCGGUCCCGAAGUGCCAGUUGCCUUAAGAAGAGCCUGUAUAGGGUUUCUAUAUAACAAGAAAAUAGACCAUGUAAUGGCCCUAAUUGAUUCUCUUCCCAAACCAAAGUUUCAAGAAAAUCAGGACAUAGACUCUUAUGGAGUUUUUCUAUUGCAUGCUCUUUUUCGUGCCAAUUGUGAUUUGAUGAAAAUUAUUGAAAUUUCCAAACGAUUGGAAGAAACCGAAAAGAACACCAGAGCCUUACAUAUAGCCGCCGAAAUAGCAUUACGGCGUUCUCCACCUAUGGCUUUGCCCGUUUUCGAGGAGUUGGUUAGAAGAGGACAACCUCUGAGAACGCAUUAUUUUUGGCCAUUAAUGAUGUACAACUUCAGGCGCCACAGCGAAUCUGGAAUAGUGCGUACAUUGAAAUUGAUGCAAGAAUUCAAAGUAGAAUGUGAUCACGCAACAAUUUCCCAAUAUGUAUUGCCCAAAUUGUCCAUAACCUUGACGAAUCCACAAAUAGCCCUAAAGCAGAUGGAUGAAGCUGGUAUUAAAACGUCACUGAUACUUACGCCGAUUGUAUCGCAUAUGCUGACCCAAAGUAAAUGGUUUGACGUAGUUCCCUUGAUAGAAGCAUAUCCCACGAAGUUGCAAGUUGCAAAUCUAAUAGCACCACUAUGUAAUGUUGCUGUUCAUGUGCGUGCCACCAAACGUUACCACCAUUUUGCAAAACUAUUAAAUAUUUUAGCAAACAAAAACAUCGAUCGACAACAAGAUGUUAUAGGACGUUUUUUGAUAGACCUAUUCUCAUCCCAGGAAAAGGUACGCAGUGAUCUUCACUGCGUGCAAAGAUUGUUGGCAGAAAUGCACAAAUUUGGUGUGAAACUUUCGCCGGGAGCAGUAACAACGGUGCAAUCCCUUUUAAAUCAGGGAAUACAAAAUACAAAUGAGACUUCCGCGAAAUCUAUGCAAGCCGUUAGUCAAACUCUAAAGGAAAUGACAAAACGUUCAUUAAGUUUGCACACUGGCUCCGAAGAUGAUUCUAUGAUAUCUACGUUCAUUAAACAUCCUCGCGAUAUGUCGCUAGAUGAGCUAGAAUGUCAUUUAGUAGAAUUGGAAGGAAAGCAGAUGAAUACACGUGGCGUGCUCAGACGUCUGCUUCAAGUUUGUGUGCGCGAUAAUCGCUUGGAGAGGGCACAAGAAAUAAAAAAUAAAUGCGACAUAUUACAAGUUCAGAACAGUCCUGGUAUGCUGGCCAGUAUACUUGAAAUGUACAUAAAAUUAAAAGAUCUUCCAAAUGCUCAAAUCUACUUGAAGAAAAUAGAACAAACCUAUCCAGGUUUUCAAAUUGAUGAGCAUAAAUUUGUCGAUUAUGCAUCCCUACUGGUAUCUUCUGGUCAGCUGGACAAGGCAAAAGAGAUUUUAGAAGAACGUUCUAUGAAACACCGCAUAAUUGGGGGCGAUUAUGUUUUGCGCAACGUUUGGAAUCUUCUAACCAAUGUGGCUCAAUAUGCAGCCACUUUAAAGGAUUUGCCCGCAGACCGCAAUCUUACCAGGGAAAUGUAUGCUUUUAUGCAAAAACUUGGCUAUUGUCGUACACAUAAUACGAUUUUGGGACCUAUUAUCAGAGAGCGUCUGCUCAGACAUGAUUUACAAUCGGCCAUAAAAGAAUUUAAGCAGUUAGCCCAACAAUACAGGCAUACACCGCUGCAAUUUGAACUGCUUUCACUUAUUGUGCGGCUGUGCAAUGAUAAUGAAGAUUUGAAAUCCCAAUAUAAAUGUAACCCUGAAGAAGCCCAGCAAUUGUUGAGUGAAAUAACAGAAAUUAUUACAAAAGUCCAUGGUACAAUCAACAUGAACAGUGGGCUUUUGUUGGCUUUUGCUGAGUCGGGUACAGACAAUCAAAUGCGACGACUGCUUAUCAAUCCCGAAUUUCGUAUUAAUGAAGAGUUGCUCUUGAGAAAUUGUGAACAUUUGGGCCAGGAGGGAGCUGUUCAAACACUUUUACGAUUGGCACGUGGAGCCAGAGGUUUAAAUCGGGUAAUUGACGAACAGAAUAUCUAUAAUAUGUUGCUGAAUAACUUUAUCAAAACGAAUGAUUAUCAGGCAGCAUUAAAUUUAUACGAACGGCUAGAAGCAGAUGAUGAUCUUAAGAUAUCUCAAGAUUUCUUGCGAAGUAUUGUUAGUUUAUUAAAAACCAAUAACAUUGAAAUACCCAGUAAUAUAGCUUUGAGAGCGCGAAUUGUUUAAAUCUUUGUUUUUUUUAUUUUGGUUUUAAAUUUAAUUCUAAGCUUUAUUUCUGUAUAAUAUGUAAUUGGAAUAUUAUUGAAUAAAAAGUAAUUUAAUCAAAUCACA